ACACUGUACAAAACAAAACAAACGUUUGCACUGGUACAAUAGCACAUUUAAGCCAGAAACGCAAAAAGGCUAAAUGUGUCUGUGUUACGUGUAUUAAUGUUAUGGAUUUAGCGGCUUUUCCACAUGUUUACUAAUACGUCACGUGAUCACAUCCUUAUUGUCUGAUCGUUUCAUUUUCAUUCCUGCAGCUUAUUGUUUAACGGAGACGCCCCCUGGUGGUGACUCCAUGACUCAUGUCACCGGUCUCAGCCUACCAGAGCACUGGCUCUGCUGCACGUUCAGUGAUUGAUUGCAGUUCAAGCCAAUGAUUUAGGAUCUAUGCAGCCUCGACGGAGCAUGGGUGGGACUUAGCAUCUGGGCAGCACAGCGGAAGAAAAUGGCGGCCGUGGCUGCAGAACCAGAAGCUGCGGCGAUCCCAACAACACCCACCGGGGCUUUAAGCGACGAAGAUUUGGUAGAUGUAGCCAAGGAAAUCCCAAGCGUCUCACUGGAGUGCGAGGAUCGCCCAGAGUGUGGUCCGACCCAAGAGCCGCUGUCCCCGCAGGUGGAUGAUGGCGGAGAAGAGGAGCAGCACCGCCAUGUCAGGCCGGAGCUGGAGUACACGGCGGGAAAAGAUCUUUCUGAAGAAGUGAUAAGUGACUGUUCCGUGGAGCGGGCCAGUCUAGAACGGUUCUCUUCUCCACUCCUGGGGGAUCAUGAAGGCGGCGGUGGUAACGUGUCGAACCAGUACCACAGCAUCCUCUCUGACCCACAACCGUCCGCCGUCUUUCUUCACUCCUUGCCGGCAGCACCUCCCGUCACUGAAGCCGGUCUUUCUCUGGCCGAACCGGCAGUACCGACCACCAACGUGACCACGGACAGAGCUGAAACAGUGGGUCGAGACCGGGGAUAUGCGGUUCGUGUCCUCAACGAACAGAGUUCCGGACCAGUGGACAAAACCAAGUUGGACGGUUCUGUUCCUGUGAGUCUUGAAUCAAUUCCUGGGUUCGACCAAAAAACGUCCGGGAACGACGAACUGACGGGCCGCGGCCUGAAGGACUCAAUCCCGAAGAGACGCCAGGUGACGGACUCGGUGACACUCGAUGAGUUAUCUCAGCUUCAGGCCCCAGAACAUGGACUAAGUGCUCUAAGUCCUGGGUCCGAGGUUCGGGUCUGCUUAGACCACGUGAUUGAUGACGCGCUGGUGGUGUCGUUUCGGCUGGGAAAGAAGGUUUUCUCCGGAGUUCUGAUGGAUGUUUCUAGAAGAUUUGGACCUUAUGGAAUCCCGAUCACCAUCUUUCCACGUCGAGAUGAUCAUGGUCGAUCUCAGGUGUCUUUGAAGAUGGAGCCUGUUGCUGACAACAAUCCUUCUAUAGAACAGGAAAUGUCAACCCCCCCUCCUCACUCCUGGGCUCCCAAACCACCACCUUUGUUCCAGGAGGGUGCACCAUAUCCUCCUCCUCUGUUAAUCAGGGACACGUAUAACCAGGCCUUACCUCAGCCACUCCCACGCAAGAUCAAACGACCUAAACGACGUUAUCGCUGCGAAGAGCCCACCUCCAUCAUGAACGCCAUAAAACUUCGUCCUCGCCAGGUGCUCUGUGAUAAGUGCAAAGGUGUAGUGUCAUCAGUUGCCCAUAGGGAUGCGCGGCGUGGUCCUGUGGAUCUGAGGGCUGAUGAGCCAUCUCGGCGGCGGAAGGCUGUAGAUGGUCCUAUUUCUACAGAGGUGAAACGGCUGAGGAACGAUGACAGAGGACGUGGCAUCACGGAUCGCCGAGCGCCAUCAGGAAUCUGUUUGUCAUCAUCAUCAACGUCACGCAGGGUCCUGAGGGGCACGGUUUCAUCGUCAUCGUCCAGACAUACGAGCUUGAAGCUGAACUCUAGGAAACCUCUGGACAAAAGUAAUCCCAGUGAGAGCUCCAAAGUAUCUGUUAUCAAACUGGCCAGAAGUCCGCAGAAGCUAGCGACACAUCAACAUAACCAAGAUCAUACCAGGGUGGUGACCCGGGCGGCCACCUCGCAGAACCACAACCAGAAGGUUCACUUCACCCGCCGCCUUCAACAACUCAGUUCUUCUCCUGGGGCUUCAAACUCCUCCCACACUGUGGCUCUACCACCCAGAAUGCGCCUCAAACCCCAAAGGUACCGUACUGAGGAGAGCCAGGCUCCUUCCUCCUGCUCCUCCUUCCUGACCAGGCACAUUACUCGCUCUUCGCCUCCCAAACCUUUUUCAAGCCCUGCCCUAACAUCAGACCCUGACCCUACGACUGAGUUUCUUUCCUGUGAUCCUCAUGUUGAAGUACUACCUCAUAGAGAGGUAGGGGCUGAUGGCCCCCCUUCCUCCCUAUGUUUAGACUCCUCUCGCUCAGAAUGUAGCACCACAGGGACACCUGAAGCCCUGCCCCCAGAAAACCCAUCAUCUUUACCCCCCCCCCAGUCUCCUCUUUCAUCGUCCUCCUUUUUAGUCCCUGAAGGACACACCUCCUGCCCACUGACUCCUAGGUCUCAUAGUAAGGAGCUCCAGGCCCCCGGCGAGGAGGAUGAGGAAGAGGGAGGAGAACUAAAGCGACGACGUAAGUCUUCCACAUCCUCCUCCUCCUCAUCUUCCUCUUCUUCUUCCGUUUUUUCUAAGUCUGUGUCUAAGUGUGCGUUGCCGGAUGGUCGGACCGUGUGCGUUGGUGACAUUGUGUGGGCCAAGAUCUACGGCUUCCCCUGGUGGCCGGCACGUGUGCUAGGCAUCACAGUGGCACGGCGUGGUGACACUGGGCUUGAUGUUCGGCAGGAGGCGCGAGUUUCGUGGUUCGGAUCUCCUACGACAUCGUUCUUGCCCCUGUCUCAGCUGUCGCCCUUCCUGGAGACGUUCCAGUCUCGCUUUGACAGGAAGAGGAAGGGGCCGUACCGUCGUGCCAUCGCUGAGGCCGCAAGUGCCGCCAAACAACUAACGCCAGAAGUCCGAGCGCUGCUCACACAAUUUGAGACGUAGCAUUCGGUUUCGCCCCAUUGUUGCCUCUGCAACAGUCCUGUCCUAUUGGCUAAGCAUGAGCAGACAAACAGAUGGACAAUGGAGGUGAGGCAUGUAUGACAUUUUGUUGGGUGGGUGAGGUUACUCUACCAGUAUUUGUUGAAGAUGGGGCGUAGCUAUUCUGCCAGUGUUUGAUGGGGAAGGGGCGUGGCUCUUUUCCGGUUUCAGGAUACAUGAGUAUGUCCUUUCACCAUUAGGUUAAGGCUCAAGGAAACUGAUUGGUCUAGACUGGUCAUUAACCUCAUCAAUAUUCAAGAGAAUCCACUUUCGGUCGAUGGUAGAUCAGUCAUAUGACAUCACUGCUCUUGAACCCGGUCCCUGUAGCCCUGUAUUACCUCAGGUUCUGAUCAGUCUCUAAUCACAUGGCACACUAAUCAAUCACCACAGAUUUGAUUAAUGAGGUUCAGAUCCAGUUCCAGGCUCAGUUUGAGUCCCAGUGGAUACCAGUGGACCCUCAGGUUCCUCCUAUAUUGACCCAUUGACUCUGCCCCUUGGUAGUGUGUUUUUUGCAAACAGAGUUGACAUCUUUAACUUUUUUUUCCCCCUCAUGUUUCAAAUCUUGAAUAAAACUUUAAACUUUGA